AUGAAGAAAUGGUUCGUGAUCGCAGCCACAGUGGCGAUAAUCGCCGUAAUCGUGAGACAAGGCGCCGGAUCGAACAAAGAAGCGGCGUUAGAAGCUUUGAAAGAUUGGUCUAAUCGGCUCGGGAUUUGGGCGAUCCCGACGUACGUAGCGGUUCACACCGUAACCCUAGCUUUAUGCCUCCCUCACGCCGUCUUCUUCGAAGCUGGUGCUUCUAUGCUCUUCGGUUUCCUCCCUGCGCUUAUUUGUGUCUUCUCCGCUAAAGUUCUCGCCGCUUCAUUCUCCUUCUGGAUCGGCAGGUUUGUUUUCAAGAGUUCAAGCUCAGCAACAGCAUGGGCACAUAGAAACAAAUACUUCAACAUUCUCUCAAGAGGAGUCGAGCGAGAUGGUUGGAAGUUUGUUCUUCUCGCAAGGUUCUCGCCUAUCCCUUCCUAUGUUAUAAACUACGCGUUGGCAGCCACGCAAGUCCGGUUUCUAUCUGAUUUCCUCUUCCCCACGGUUAUCGGCUGCCUCCCGAUGAUCUUGCAGAACGCAUCAGUCGGUAGCCUCGCUGGUUUGGCCGUGGCUUCAGUAGCCGCCGGAAAACCAAAAACUCAGGUCUGGGGUUAUGUCUUCCCGGUACUUGGUGUACUGUCAAGUGUUAUGAUUACAAUGAGGGUCAAAAAGUACUCAGCUGGAAUUACAGAGGUGUCAUCAGAAACCUCUCCUUCUGCUAACAGCUCUAGUUUAGCUUCGUCUGAAGCCGCGAAUCCCGCUUAUGGAACCGAUGGAUCCAAGAAAAGUGAGUGA